GGGCUUCCGGCCUCAGAGAGGCAAGCACCAGAGAGGCGGCAGCAUUCGGAGCAAUAGACGGCCUUGCGCCUCCAGCACAUCCAGUGCGCUCAACCUCCGCUGCUCCGGCUCUUCGCCCCUGCUCUGUCCCAGGCGGCCGGAGGCUUCCGACCCCUUGGGACCCCACCACCGCCAACAUCAGGAGCUUCUUUGCAAAGGAUCAGAGGCUGCUGGCGCCGGCAGCUUCAGCGGCCACCAUGGGGAAGCCAGAGAGGAGGGGAUGGGACUACAAGCGAUUUCUCAAGAACAACUGGCUUCUGCUGUCCACCGUGCUUGCUGUGGUCCUAGGAAUCACCGUAGGAGUCCUCGUCCGAGAAUACAGCAAGCUAUCAAACCUGGACAAGUUCUACUUUGCCUUUCCUGGAGAGAUUUUAAUGCGAAUGCUGAAGCUUGUCAUCUUGCCCCUAAUUAUAUCCAGCAUGAUUACAGGUGUUGCUGCUCUGGACUCCAAUGUCUCUGGGAAAAUCGGUUUACGGGCUGUUGUGUAUUAUUUCUGCACUACGGCCAUUGCCGUCGUUCUUGGUAUCGUGCUGGUAGUGAGCAUCAAACCUGGUGUGUCCCAAAAAGCUGAUGAGUUUGACAGGACAGGAAGCACCCCUGAAGUCAGUACAGUGGAUGCCAUGUUAGACCUGAUCAGGAAUAUGUUCCCUGAGAAUCUCAUCCAAGCUUGUUUUCAGCAGUACAAAACCAAACGUGAGGAGUUGAAGGAAGCAGAGACGAACACCACAGGAGAAUCUGUAACAGCUGUCAUGGUGACUGCCAUUCCAGAAAACAAAACAAAAGAAUACAAAAUAGUGGGCAUGUACUCGGAUGGCAUAAAUGUCCUGGGCCUGAUUGUCUUUUGCCUUGUGUUUGGAAUCGUUAUUGGAAAAAUGGGAGAAAAGGGCCAAGUUCUGGUGGACUUCUUCAACGCACUCAAUGAUGCUACCAUGCAAAUUGUUCAGAUCAUUAUGUGGUACAUGCCACUGGGCAUCUUGUUUCUGAUUGCUGGGAAGAUCAUCGAAGUCGAAGACUGGGAAAUAUUUCGCAAACUGGGGUUGUACAUGGCCACAGUUCUCAGUGGGCUUGCCAUACAUUCCAUUGUAAUCCUCCCACUCAUAUACUUGUUAAUUGUACGAAAGAACCCUUUCCGGUUUGCACUGGGGAUGGCACAGGCUCUACUCACAGCCCUCAUGAUCUCUUCCAGCUCAGCAACACUACCUGUCACCUUUCGCUGUGCAGAAGAAAAGAACCAAGUGGACAAGAGAAUCACCAGAUUUGUUUUGCCUGUUGGUGCAACAAUCAACAUGGAUGGAACUGCCCUCUAUGAAGCAGUUGCUGCUGUGUUCAUUGCACAACUCAAUGACCUGGAUCUGGACAUUGGACAAAUAAUCACCAUUAGUGUCACAGCAACAGCUGCCAGCAUUGGAGCUGCAGGUGUGCCCCAGGCAGGACUGGUGACGAUGGUCAUUGUACUGAGUGCCGUUGGCUUGCCAGCCGAAGACGUCACCCUCAUCAUUGCUGUCGACUGGCUUUUGGACCGGUUCAGGACCAUGGUGAAUGUCCUUGGUGAUGCAUACGGAACAGGAAUCGUAGAGAAGCUUUCUAAAAAAGAGCUGGAGCAGAUGGACUCCACAUCCGAAGUCAACAUUGUGAACCCCUUUGCCUUGGAAUCCACAAUACUUGAUAGUGAAGAUGCAGAGACCAAGAAAUCAUAUGUCAAUGGAGGCUUUGCCAUAGACAAAUCUGACACUAUCUCAUUUACUCAGACAUCACAGUUCUAGAGCCCCUUCUUCCAUUCCCUGGGCUGGGAACAUUUCAGGACAUCACCACAAGAGGGAUCUCUCAGCAAAUCACAACAUAAUUAAAAGGGGGGAAAAGCAAUUAUCCAACCUGAGUGCUUUUGAUUUGAUACCCAGACCUCCAGAUUAUUUUCUACAUUGGAUGUUCAGCCCUUGCUCCAAAGAGGAAAAAGGGGUAGAGAGGGAGAAGGGUAGAAGAUUGCUUAAGAAAGAAUUUGAAUUAUCUGUAUUUUUAAAAAAUUAUCACUGAUGAAAUUUGGAAGUGACUGUUGGGAUCUCAGCAAUGAAACAGAGCAAAAAUUGUUUGGCUUCCUCAGGCAUAGUUCAAUUUUUCACUUUUUUUUAAACUCUUCUGCCAUUCUGAGCCCAGGACUUUAUUUGAACUCUCCUUUGAUAUGUUUUCUUUUGCUCAACA